GGUCAAUUCCAAAAGCGAAGUUCGCCUUUGGGUUUACGGGCCCUAAGUGUGGGCUUCCAGGCAGAUACACUGCAGUUAGCCGACAAAUACGUCUUAAAUCUUUAUCAACAAUUGGGUUUAUGUGCAAAUUAUAAAGCAAAACAACGUUUAUAGUAGUAUAGGUGAAGACACAUUACGUUUAAAAGUCGAAAAACUACCUGAAAAACAAAAAACCGGGAAAUAUUUACACAUUGAGGUCAACGGCGGCCGUUGAGGACCAAUAUAUACGGACAAUGUAAAUCUGUAAGAAAAGCGAAUGUAUGAUAUCAAUGCUAGAAGAUGUUGUUGUAAGAUUAAACGUUACGUUUGAUAUAAACGGCUAAAAAGAAAGUGACGCUGCUGCUGACGUUAAUGUUAAUUAAGGUUGUUAGUAUCACAGUUAGUAUAACGCGGGAGGAAGCUAACGGCUACGUUAACUUACGUUAGAGCGGUGUGUUUUUAGCUAAGCUAAGCUAAGUGGGAGCUAACAGGCUAACGUCUCUGAUGGAAGAAGAGCCGUUAGACCCACAAGAUGUCGAGCGGGCGAAGACCUUCUGGGCCGAGGAGGACGUGGAUCAGGUGUUUGACGGGAUCUUUGAUUACCUGGAUUACCUGAAGAGAGUCCUGAAGAAGAACGCUGCGACAGAUAAAGAGUAUGUUCAGGGCCUGAAGCUGCUGGAGGCUCUGAACUCUCCGCUGGCCUCCGCUCAGGACUCCUCCGUGGUCCAGGUGGUCAUCGGCGCUGAUGAGUGUCAGCAGCCGGCCUACAGCCCCUCCCCCCCCUCCCCCCCCUCUGGCGAGUCGUCGUGCUCGACAGCCCCCCCCGCAGGCCGGGAGGAGGACCUGCAGCCUCCACUCACCCCCAACCAGCUGCAGUACCAGCUACACACCUGCACCAAGUCCUGUCUGCCCAGUUUACCCAGCAUGCCUCACUCCGCCACGGCGUUCUGGGGCCAGAACCCCCUGAAAGUGCCGCUGCUCUGCGGCUUCAGGCGGCUGAGCGCCGUGCCGCUGAUGAUGUCAUCCGGAGGGGAAGGCGACGCGGGGGCGGAGCAGGACGUGGAGGACUGGGACGUUGUCUACAAAACCCCGUGUGGGCUGAGCCUGCGUAACCAUGACGACGUGAUGCGUUUCCUGUUGGCCACAGAGAGCUACGACGUCAUGCAGAUGGACUUCUUCACCUUUAACCCGUGCGUCCGGUUGGACCCCCCCCAGCCCGCUGGCCCCCGGCGGCCCGAGAUGGACCUGAGCCGCGGCGUGGAGCCCACGCCCGUGCAGCUGUGUCUCGCCGACUGCGGCGCCCGGCCCGCCGAGUUCCGCUACAGGAAGGAGCGCUGGCCGCACGGCUGCUUCCUGAGCCGCGGCCCGGCGCUGUUCGCCGCCUGCUGCGACUGCACCGACGGCUGCAGCGACCCGCAGCUCUGCGCCUGCGUCAACGCCACCACCGGCGGGCGCCGCUACAGCCACCACCGGCUGACCGAGCCCGUAACGCCAGGGCUGUUUGAGUGCGGCCCGUGGUGCGGCUGCGUACGGACGCGCUGUCAGAACCGUCUGGUCCAGCGAGGGAUCACCGUCCGCCUGCAGGUCUUCCAGACCGGCGCCUGCGGCUGGGGCGUCCGUUGCCGCGACGACCUGGACCACGGCACGUUCGUGUGCAUCUACGCAGGUGUGAUGUUGCGGCGGGCCCAGAGUCCGUCCACCGUCCCGGCUCUGAAGCUGGCGAGGACGGAGCUGCCGUCUGAUGACGAGGUGGAGGUGGUGACGGAGUGGCUGGCGCCGCCGGUGCAGGAGGGCCGCGGCGUGCCGGAGCCAGCGGGGGGGACGCCAACAUCACACGUCACCGUCAUCCAGAGACACACGGACAACAACGGGGCCAGCACGCCACACGACAGAGACAGGUCGUCGUUGGCCGUCUCUCCGGAGACUCCGCCCCCUUCAGCCGGCGAGCCGACGAUGGAGGAGGAGAGGGUCGCCGCGGCAACAGGCAGUCCUGAGGCGAAGGCAUCAGCGGCGGCGGCGGCGGCGAAGGCCACGAAGACUUUAAAGAGAGCGCUGAAGGAAGAGGAAGACGUUUACAUCCUGGACGCCAGCAAGGAGGGAAACGUCAGCCGGUUCAUCAACCACAGCUGCCAGCCCAACCUCUUCCUGCAGAACGUCUUCACCGACACACACGACCCCGGCUUCCCCGUCAUCGCCUUCUUCACCAGCAGGGUUGUUGCGGCCGGCACCGAGCUGACCUGGAACUACUCCGCCGACACACAGCGGAAACAGGAAGUGCCGUGUCUCUGCGGCAGCGACGGCUGCCGAGGACGGUUCGCCGUGGAGGAGACGCUGUGUGACACGUGCGAGGGCGAAGGCGAAGGUCAGGGUGAAACGCAGUAACACCUCCAGCAGCUUCACACGCUCACAGAACAACAAAAUACAUAUUUUUUUAUACUAACAUGCUGUAAAAUAACGGUUACAUUUGUGUUUUGUUUUUUUUCUAAAUAAAUGAACUCAA